GUAUUUUUCCCUUUGUAGGCUACAGAGGUAGUUGCGACUUUUGGGUGUAAAGCACACGACUCACUCAAUUUCUCGAGUCACUGCAAGUUUCUCCAACUUACCAACUUUCUCUUUUUUCAAUGGCGAUCCGGGUCGGCGGCAAACAAUUUAUAUAAGCUCAACAGGACGUAUCCUGCGUCCUCUUUUGCUUUGUCUAUUCCAUUUUGCGCUUUUACUUCCGAGGCGAGUUAAACUACAACCAGAAUCGAGCGCCGCCUCGGAGCAAGUGGCAAGGGGCACGCACCAUCUAAUCCGCAACCACGACCGUAAAUUUGAUCGAGCAUCUCAACGAACAAUGCCUACCAUACGAGGAUUCAAUACACUGCGGGCGCGCUCGUACGUGUUCCGGUUACCACUAUUCACUCGGGCGAUUAUCGCCAUUAUGAUAGCAUUCUGGAUCGCUGGCCUUCAAACCGUAUGGGAUGUGCGACAAUGGGGCGCUUUGAUCCCGGAUGAAUUGAGCAUACCUACUAUGUACCGAGUUAACUCGUUUCCGUUGAUCCACCUUAACUUCUUCCACGCCUUGUUUAACAUACUCUCUUUAACACCGUUGCUGGAGAGAUUCGAAACCGAGUUCGGCACCUUAACUUCGCUCGCUCUAUUCUUUGGCCCUUUAACUACGAUACCUGCGGUCUUUUACAUCAUCAUAGAAAAGUUCAUAUUAAGAGGGAAUACUGCCGUUAUGGGUGCUAGUAUCUGGGUGUUUCUCUUAUUAGCCGUGGAGGCCAUGCGAACUUACAAGACAAAUCCCUAUCUCGUCAUAGGAACACACCACGUCCCGACAUGGACGACCCCCCUCGUAUUAGUGUGUGUCGUCGAAGCUCUUAUUCCUAACACUAGCUUUCUCGGUCACCUCUGUGGUGUGGGUACGGGUUAUUUGUUUGGUCUGGGCUAUCUCAAGUUCCUAUCGCCGCCAGAGUGGGCCUUACGAUGGAUUGAAGGUCGUUUAAAUCUAUUAGGACGCCUACCACACUAUGUUAGCGUAGAUCAGAAGACAUACGGAAGGUUCGGUGUUCUGCCGACGAGCAACUCGACUAGUUCAACAACUCCUUUAGGAUUAAUAGGUUCUACGCAGAGAUUAGGACCGUAGGAAGGUUUUCGCAAUAUACCGGUUAGGACAAUGAGGGGCAGGCAUUCCGAAUGAAGGGUUACCUUGUAUAUAGCAUGGGUUCUCGUUUGUUAUACAGGCAUUUGCAUGAUACCGGAGUUACUGGGCGGGAAAACUAUCAGCGUUACGGGGCCGUAUACUCACUUGCCUCUUGCGAUCGUAUGAAGGAUAAAGGUGGGUUUGGUCAUUUGUAUCGCUAAUAAAUACCGUGAGCAUUUGACGAAUUGUGUUGACUCCGUAGGCAUAGUAUUUAACUUCACAGCCAUUUAAGAGCUAUAACAUGAAUGGUC